UACUUGUCACUUGUCAUUCUUCAGCAGAAGCUGAGCUGAGGAGUUUGCUGCAAUCUAACCUCCGUUCCACACACGGAUUAUGAGAGAGUGAGUUACCACAUUUCAUUGAGGCAUGUAAUUCUUCACUUCAGAACCAUUUGAGGAACGGAAUGGUACCUUCUCCAACAACGAAGCAAAAUGCAUUGGCACCAAAGAAGAAGCUACACAGAAACAGAAGAUGGGACUGUGAAUAUGAUAUAUACAUCCACUUGCAAGAGAAGAAUAGAGUCCUUAAAAGUGAAACUGAAAAGUCAAAUUACUUCCAUAACCUUUUGCAGGACUUCGAUGUUAAGGAUCGAAAGGGUGAUUCGGAGUUGGUGCAAUUCAUGAAUGGUUUUUACGGCAAUAUUGUACAGUCUCGAUUGUUUCAUCUUGAUCAAAACCCUAACAACAUAGAGAACACUGCUGAAGAAAAUGGCACAAAUGAUGAUGAUGAUGAUGAUGAUGUGAUGGUGGAUCCCCAGCAUAUGUAUUUCAUGGAUCAUGUGAGGUCUCAUGGAAAAUCUUAUGUACUUGCUAUCCCUGAGGAUGGUGUCUUUGUAGUGUAUGAGCCUGAUCAAUCAUCAAUUCCUGAGAAUACAGCUACCAUCACAACGGAUUAUUCAAAUCAUGUUUCAAAUGAAGAGGUUAAUGUGUGCUUAGACACAGAGAUGCAUGUAAAUGUUGAUGAUAGCAAUCGUGUUGUGAAGCAUAGGGGUAGGAAGCCAAAAGGUGCAAAACUCUCUGCUGCUACGAAUGGUAAUGUUAAAGGAAGUGAUGUGGCUUCAAAAUCAAAGCCAAAGAAACAUGUAUAUAACUUGAAGGGUAGGCGCAGGAGUAAGAGGCUGAAACUGAAAGCCCCACCUGAGUCACCUGGCUCAAGAACAUUGGUGAUUGAAGACAGUGAUGACGAAGCAGAAGAUCUAACAAGGUCCAUGCGAGGCCAGAUUGUGGAACAUUGUUGGCAAGAAUAUAAAUAUAAUGAAGCCAAUGCAAGUACACUUUUCAGAGAAAAACUCAUGGAAGAACUUAAGGCACCUUACUGUGAGGAAGAGUACAAGAGGCUUUUACAUGACAUUACUAUUCAAAAGCCGAUCCAACACCAUAGAGACCUGCGUGGAGGUAUCAAAAUCUAUGAGAAACCUGAUCUUGGAAAGUCUUUUCUUGGUUAUCAUGUUGAUCUUGCUAUGAAGAUAAAAACAGUUCGUGAUGAUCAUUUCAGAGUUCUGAAUCUCAUGCGUGGAUUUUUCUAUUGGUUGAAAAAUUUAUCACAUGAAGGGGCAUUCCCGCCAUGGAGAGAUCCAUCGUGUUUGAAUGUACUGCCACAACAAUUGGAAGGAUAGUUGUUUGCUUUUAAUUUUCUGUCAUGAUGCAACUUUUUAUUUUUGUUUUGAGUGAUGCAAUUGAUUUAAACUUUACUGAACAUUGCUUAGGAGGAGUGCUGCCACAUGUGAUACCUCGUGGGAUAUAAACAAGUUUGUCUCUUUGAUGUGUUUCUUUUCCUUCA